AUGAUUCUCGAAGAAGCUGUAAUAUAAGAUAUUUCUAUUUCUAGCUUGGAGUAGAGGAUGAUUAUGUCAGAUUGCAAAAGAUUGCUGAAGGAAUUAAGCAGAUUUCAUAAAGCUUGAAAACCUAAAAAAAUUUCAACAGUCCUUCUCUAAUCAAACAAUGUAAUUGGAAAUUGCUAUAUAAGUGAUUUGUUCAUAUCCAUUUUCAGACGUCACCAUUGAGAUGCUCUUGAACGAGUGUUUUGAAUAACACAAAAGUGACCCCAAAUUCAUUAUGGCAUUCCAUAAGGCAUUACAAGAAGUGGCUAUUCUUUAAGAAUUUAGACAAUUUCUAGGCACAAGAUCCUUAUUCAAUAAAUAAAACCGUCAGCUAUCUCAUAAGUAAGGAAAUGGGUAUAAUUUUAGCAAUAAUAUUACCUCAAUACUUAGAGAGUAACUGAAACAAGGGUCAAUCCCUUUUAGCAGAGAAGUCAUAGAAAGAUUAAUAAUUGCAAAACGAUUUUCAGUAAAAUUUAUUAUCCCAAUAUUUACUCUGUCUAAAGAGUACAAAUUUGAUCUGGAAUAAAUGGCAUCUAUAUUUAAACUUUUCUUAAUGCAUACUAAAAACGAAGAAUUCUAACUCCAAAUUAUUGAUAUCUACGAAGAGUUAAAACUGUCAAUAUUUAAAGAUCUCGAAUGGAUUGAAGAACACAAUUAAGAAUUAGAAGAUUGUAAUUUAUUAUUUAUAUAUAUUCUUAGAUUUCAUAUAAAAUAAAAUUAAAGUCCCUUAAAAAUUAAUCCAAAGUAAAUUGAUGCAUAUUAAAAAUAAAAACAAAAAAUUGCUGCACCAACAUUUCAUUAAGAAAUGCAACAUGAAAAGUGAAACUGAAAGCGAUUCCUUAUCUGUUAGUCCAGAACAGCCAAAAUUAAUAGAUUACAAAACAAAGAUUUAAUAAUGGCUUUGUAUGAAAGACACUCCUAUUAUUGAUUUGGAUAAUUAUGUGUAUUUUACUAACUCCGAAAAUCUAAACUCUCUUCUUUCUUUUAUUUUGAAUCCAUGUAAAAUUGAUUUAAUUGCAGAUUGGGUAUUAUCAUUUGAAUUAAUCAUAAUAGGAAUUGACAUUCACAGAUAUAGAGGCUACAUUCAAAAAGAAACACUUUAAGAAUCUACCCAUUAAAUUAGAUAAAUUGUAAAUCAUUAGAUCAUAUAAAACUGUCUUAUUAUUUCAAAACUAAAACAAUAUUCGUCAAAUUGAUAAACUAUUAACCACCUUUGUUGAAAUUUCAUGUAUAGAAUUUAUCUUAUAAUAGUUAGAAAAAUAUAUGAUUCCUUAAUUAAUGAUGAAAUUAACUUAAACAUAAAUCACCUAGUUAAUUUCAUUUAACAAUUGAUACUUUUAAAUCCAUAAAAGAGUGCCUAUUAGAUCUUAGAAUACAACCUAUUGUUUACAUUCUCUCUUUAUAUUUAUAAUCAUUAAAUGACCACUUUCAUAGGAGAUAUGUUGAGCUUAUGGAUAGAUAAAUUUAAAUUUGGUUUUUAUUUACAGGAACAAAUAUGGAAAUAUUUAGAUUAUACCAAUUGGUUUAACUUCUUCUUUCAAAUUUUAUUGAAGCAACCUUAAAGAAAUGAGUAAUGCUAUUAAGAAUACAAGACAUUAAAAAUUGUAAUAUUUUCAAUUAUUAAUUUAAGGAUGGCAUAUUGGCCUUUGUUAAAUUGUUAAAAUAGCCUGAAAAAACCUAAUAGACAUAGAAUGACUUCUAGAAUUCUGUCACUAGUCGAUAAGAACCACUCACUCCAAUCGAAUUUUCAGAAGAACAACAAAUCUUAAACUCCUCAUAGUGGAUGUUGGACAAUAACUCUACUGCAAAUUAAAUAAUGGAAGAUAUGAGUCAGAAGGAUAUAGAUAAUCUCAAAUACUUUAGCAUCGAGAAAAACAAAUCAAUUAUGACAGAAUUAUAAGAGUCUUCACCUUUAAGAAUUAGAAUUAUGUAAUCCUCUUAUAAUAAGGGGUUUUAUGGCUAAUCGUCAGACAUAACUAACAAAGCCAUCCUCUCUCCAAAGGGGAAAAUGCAUCAUAGUUCAGUCAGUCUGCCUUCAAUAGACAACAAAGCUCACAAGAGUGAAAGUGUCGAUUCAUAGAAUUGCCAAAAUUAUGCAUCAAGAUAAAGGAAUAAAACAUACAUCAUAUCACAAGAUGGGUUUUCUACUACAAAGCUAAUUUCGAUUUAUCCAAGGAGAAAUAUCGAUUUAUAGUUCACUCACUUUGAAACUGCUUAAUCAUUCUUUAUUUACAAUAAACAUACUUUGAAAGGUUGUACUAGGGUCUUUAAAAUUUUAAAUGAUUCUAUAUUCAACUCUCUUUAUUAUUAGGAAAAUUUGGUAAAGGAUUCUUUUUAGAAAUAACAAUUCUUAAAUCUAGCUUAGAGAAAUUUCAUUAAUGAACGAACAAUCAUAACGUUAUUUCAAAUUUAUUUAUAUGGAAUUUUUGAUGAGGAAAGCAAGGUACUUCAGAAAUCAUCAAUUGAAUGUGGUCUUAUAAUAAAUGAGAUUUAUAAGAAUUCCUUAACAUUUUAGGAAAAGUCAUUAAAUAAUUUACUUAAAAGUUGUUUUGGUUAAGUUGCUGAUUUUGUGAGUAAGAAAUUAAUAGAACUCAACAAUUUUACACAAAUACCUGACUUUAAAUUCAAAUAAUUUUUAUUAUUUAGCACUUUAGUAAAUGGGUUACAAUAUUUUGAUCUUUAUGAUCCUAAUAGGGAUGAGAGGAACAUAUAUAAGUACUUAAAUGAAACAGUGAUGCACAUACUAAUAAUCUGGUUUUUUAAUAGUCAUUAAAAUAACAUUUUCUAAUAGAACUUUGUUAGGUAAUUAUGUUUCUUAAUAAAGAUUAAUCGCCAUCCUUUUUUCUCGGGCCCCUCAAUAUUAAUUAUAGAACCUAUUAUUCCACGUUGGUUUAUUGACAUCACUAUUUAAUGGGUAUAAUACAUAUAAUAGAAAUGGAUGCAAAAAUAUAGAUUAUGUUGAAAGUUUAUACAUGAACAUUAUGUAUUUAAUAUACAUAAUAAAUGCUAAUGUUUAUUCAAGAUAACUAACAUAGUUAAUUUCUAAUUUAGAAUCAUCAGCAUCAUGGAAAGGCAUUUAAUAAACUAUUUGUGAGGUUUAAACCAAUUACUUAAAUCAAUUGAAUCAAUUGAUGAAAUUGGACAGAUCCUAUUCAGUUAAAAAAAUAAAAUCAAGUUAGAAGAUUCUACUGUAGCCAAAUUCGAAAGAUUCAAUUAGACCUAGAAAUGACUCUAAGAAUGAUAAUUCUUAGUUAAAUGAACUUUUAAAAUAGAAGUAUGAGUAAAGUAUUAUUUAUUAGAUCAGUAACUAAGGAAUCAUCACCUGUUAAACAGUAAAUGUAGAUCAAGAAAUUAAUUAGAUAUAGAACUAAGAAUAGCAUAAAAGCAUGA